GUCCGGUUCGGCUGGGUGACUGGCGUCAUGGUCCGGUGCAUGCUGAAUAUUUGGGGUGUGAUCCUUUAUCUGCGUUUGCCGUGGAUAACUGCACAAGCUGGUAUAGGGCUGACCUGGUUGAUCAUUUUAAUGUCAGCAGUGGUGACCAGUAUCACGGGUCUGUCCAUUUCGGCAAUCUCUACCAAUGGCAAAGUCAAAGCAGGUGGUACAUAUUUCCUCAUCUCCCGUAGCUUGGGCCCAGAGCUAGGCGGCUCCAUUGGGCUUCUCUUCUCCUUCGCCAACGCCGUUGCCGUGGCCCUGCACGUGGUGGGCUUUGCUGAAACUGUCCAGGAUCUCUUGGCGGCCUCCAACUUGGCGAUGGACACCAAAGUGAACGACAUACGCAUCAUAGGUGUGAUCACUGUCACUUUUCUACUUGCCAUCGCCCUCGCUGGCAUGGAAUGGGAAUCGAAGGCUCAGAUAAUCUUCUUCGUUGUCAUCCUUACAUCAUUCAUCAGCUACUUCGUCGGGACCAUUAUACCAGCCUCCAAACAGCAGCAAUCCCAUGGACAUUUUGGCUAUAGAAGUGAAAUCUUCUUGGAGAACAUGGUGCCUGACUGGCGGGGAACGGAGGGGAGUUUCUUCAGCAUGUUCUCCAUCUUCUUCCCUUCAGCUACUGGCAUCCUGGCCGGUGCCAAUAUUUCCGGAGACCUCAAGGACCCUGCGGUAGCCAUCCCUCAAGGAACACUGAUGGCCAUCUUCUGGACUACCAUGACGUACCUGGCCAUCUCUGCAACCAUAGGCGCUUGCAUGAUCCGCGAUGCCAGCGGCAACCUGAAUGAUACUCUAGUGGCCAGUGGGAGCCUAAAUAAUACCAUACUGGCCGGCAACUUCACAGAGGACUGUACUGGUUUGGGUUGUAGAUAUGGGUGGAAUUUCACUCAGUGCACCUUGGACGGCAACUGCAGUUAUGGGCUGGCCAACGACUACCAGGUGAUGAGCAUGGUGUCGGCAUUCGGCCCCCUCAUCACAGCCGGGAUUUUUGCGGCCACUCUGUCAUCUGCGUUGGCUUGUCUCGUCUCUGCUCCUAAGGUCUUCCAGCGCCUUUGCCAAGACCAACUCUAUCCCUUCAUUGGCUUCUUUGCCAAGGGAUAUGGGAAGAACAGUGAGCCUCUAAGGGCCUAUGCCUUGACCUACAUCGUGGCUGUUGCCUUCAUCCUCGUUGGUGAGCUCAACACCAUAGCCUCCAUCAUUUCCAACUUCUUCCUCUGCUCAUAUGCCCUCAUCAACUUCAGCUGCUUCCAUGCCACCAUCACCAACUCUCCAGGCUGGAGACCUUCCUUCCGUUUCUUCAACAAAUGGACCGCCCUCUUCGGGUCUGUCAUCUCCGUGGUCAUCAUGUUCCUGCUGAUGUGGUGGGCUGCCCUCAUCGUGGUGGGAAUCAUCACUGUGUGCUUGGCCUAUGUCACCUACAAGAAACCAGAGGCAAACUGGGGUUCCUCGGUGCAAGCCAGCUCCUACAACAUGGCCCUGUCAAACGCUGUGAACCUGGUCAACGUAGAAGAUCACGUCAAGAAUUUCCGGCCGCAGUGCAUGGUCCUCUCGGGGCCACCCAACUUCCGCCCAGCCCUGGUGGAUUUCGUUGGUGCCUUCACCAAGGGCGUGAGCCUCAUGAUCUGCGGAAACGUGCUGGAGGUAAGCAUGCCGGAGCGGAACGCUCCCCGUGGGAUUGAAGGGAAAUGGCUGAGCUCCCGGAAGGUCCGUUCUUUCUACGCCAGCAUCACAUCAUCUGACCUGAGAGCGGGAGCUAGGAACCUCAUGCAGGUCUCAGGUCUGGGCCGUCUCAAACCCAACACUGUAGUCCUGGGUUAUAAACAGAACUGGCAGACAGACAGUCCCUACAGUCUGGAGAAUUACGUGGGCAUAAUACACGAUGUUUUUGAUGUAAACGCUGGAGUGUGUGUGCUCCGGAUGCGCAGUAAACUGGAUGUGUCACGGACAGUGAAGGCCCAAGUGAACUUGGGCUUUGAGGAUUCCGAAGGCGCUCUGGGCCAGGAGACUAGAUAUGAGAUAUUCAAGGUCGUUGGUGCGGAUAAGCUCACGGAGACAGUGUUCCAGGGCAAGCAGAAGAAGAAAACCGUUGACAUAUACUGGCUGUUCGACGAUGGCGGACUGACCCUUCUCAUCCCCUACCUCCUCACCCGCCGAAAACGUUGGAGCCGUUGCAAAGUCCGCGUCUUCAUCAGUGGUCAGCUGUCCAAUGCUGAACAGCAAAGAGAAGAGAUCCAGUUUCUUUUGAACAAGUUCCGCCUGGGCUUCAACGAGGUCGUGGUGCUGCCUGAAAUGAGGAGGAAGCCAGAGGAGACGAGCCUCAAAGAGUUUGAGGACCUCAUAGCCCCGUUCCGCCACAACGAAGCUCAGAGAGGCCAAGAAACCGCAGAAGAGGUGAAAAAGGACGAGCCCUGGAGAAUCACCGAUGAAGCCCUCAGACUCUACAAGAAAAAGACGGAGCAGUACAUUCACCUUCACGAGAUCCUGCAGCACCAUUCACGCAACGCGGCCCUGAUUGUCAUGAGCCUCCCUGUUGUCCAAAAAGGGACCUGCCCAAGCGCACUCUACAUGGCCUGGUUGGAAACCGUUUCCAAGAACCUACACCCGCCCUUCGCCUUCAUCCGGGGUAACCAGGAGGACGUGCUGACACUUUACUGCCAGUAGAGGGCAGCACCAUUUCAAGAGCGCACCACACAGGACAUAAGUACGCCCCAUCCAGUUUCGUGAAAGGACAUGAUUCUGAAAACAUAUUGCAAACAACCAAUAGGGGCUCUGCGGUGCAUGAAAACAAAGGAACGGAUCGUUUUUGAAGUCUGUGAGAAGCAGGGAAAGGAUAUGUACCACAGUGUGGGACCGCUGAGUUUUCUCUUCCGCUUUUCCCCUGGAUUUUACCCAGCGGACUGUUAUCUACUGUAUCGACUUCCUUGAGUCCUGUGCCUAAGUGAGGAAGGGCUUUCUGUAAAUAUUGAAAUAAAUUUUGAAUACUGUUGUUUAA